UUCCCGCUCGCCAAACACCUUUUCACAUAUUUUCUCUCUCCUCACAAGUAGGAAACCCUACAACUUCUAAAAAAGAAAAAUCAGGAGCAGCUUUUCAUACAAAUAAUAAAAAAAAAGGACAAAAUUCAAUCGUCGUAUUGGGAUUUUCAAACUCCUCUUGAUUUUCUUCCCUAAAUUUUGAGUGUUUAUUCUCUCAGAUUGAUCGUUAUAACCUAUUUUUCUUAUGUUUGGCAUGGAUUAUUACUACUGAGAAGCUGAUAUACAAAUUCAUGGGUAAUUUAGCUUGUUCUCCUGCCUUGCAACUUUGAGUUUUGGCGUUGGCUGUGUUUCAUUGAAAAUAUAUGUAGAUUCCAGAGGUUUUGGAGACAUCAAUCGACAUGGAUGUUGGUGUCAGUUCAUGCAGCAGUGGUAUAGUUCUGCAUAGUGACAAUGUCAAGGAGGAUAAGAAUCUGGAUGUGGACAUUCUUAAUGAUUUUGACACAUAUUGGGAGGAUAUAAAGGAUCGGUGUACUGUGUCGAGAAUGGUGAGUGACUCAGUUGUCAAGGGCAUGAUAUCUGCCGUUGAGCAGGAGGCAGCUGAAAAGAUUGCUCUGAAAGAAUCAGAGUUGGCUAAACUAAAAGAAACAUUGCAUCUUUACCAUGUGGGUGCGGACGGGAGGUGUUCAAUGAUGUGCCAUGAGCCAAUAAGCGGAAAAAAUGAACUUUAUUCCAGCCAUUCAAAUGGCAUGGUAGAUCAUGAGAGGUUACAAGAUUCUUUCCGCAACCUUAAAUUUACAGCUAAAGAGCAGUUUAAAAGGCUCAAGAAAGAAAUUGACAAAAUUAAGAUGAAGGGUUCUGCUCCUGAGUUGAAAGGAUUGAGUGGUUUUCUGCAGGGUAUCAUGCCAGAAAAGUGGAUUGAUGCGGAUAGGGCACUUGAUGGUCUUAGAACGACUCUGGAAUCUACCUAUGUGCAUGCAGAAGAUUUCAUUUGCUUAUCUGAGUCAUUGCUCUUCGAAUGGCAGCAGGAGAGAGAAUUUCAAGCAGGUAUUGAACGAAUGGUGGUCAAGAAUUGUCUUCAAGAAGAGUUUGACCAGAGAUUGUGGGAUCAAAAUGCUAAAUCUUAUGAUAAUGAAAGUGCAAAUUGGCUUGAACAGAUCAAAGAGAUUUCAAGUUUACGACAGGAAUUAGAUGCCAUCUCUAAGUCAUUGUCUGUUCCUGAAAGUGGGCAUUUAAUUUCACAUGGUUCCUUGGAGCACCGAAAGGCUUCAGUUAAUCAUGUUUCAUCAACUUCACUUUUGGAAGAAAAUGGCAAACAUGACGAGUCAAUAACUGUUGUUCCAGAAUUUAUGGAUUAUGCACAAUUAAAGCACCUCUCAAAGGAGGAUUUAUAUAGUUAUUGCAAGGCUGAGAUGACUAAAAUGAAGAGAGACCAUGAGUUAAAUGUGCAACAAAUGAUUGAAGAAGUUUACAGUUUGAAGAGGGAGUACUUGAAGGAAGGGGGUUCUUGUGUGCCAGUGAGGAAGGCUAAGGAGUUUGAUUCGUUGAGGAAAAAGAUUCUGGAGGUCAUUCUAAAAUUGGAUGACAUCCUUCUGGAAAAUGAGAAACUGUCUUCAUAUAGUAACAAUGGCGAUUGUCUAGACAGUUUGAAGGAUAGACUGGAACAACUCCGUUUAGAAAAUCAACAACUAAGAGACUUGCUCAUGGAGAAGGAACAAGAAAUUAAAUGCCUUUCCUCACAAGUUUCUGAUGCCGCAGAGAAAAUACUAGAACGCUCAAUUGCUGAGGAAAAAUUCACCAGAAUGCUUGAAGAUCUUAAAUGUGUUAAAGAAGAUGCACAUAUUGAAGCUUCAAUCAGUGAAGACCUAUAUAAAUUCCUUCUUAAGGAGGUGAUCAAUCACAUGAAAAGCUCCGUACAAGAGUUAGAUAUGGAGCAUGACAUCAUUCAUGGAAUUUGUGAAAUCAUAUUCAGAGAAGCUAUUUACAGUGUGGAGCCUACUGGUAAGUUAGAGAUUGAAGAUUCAGUUAUGGAGUACAUCAUCAUGCAAGGGAUAUGUGAAGUUAUUCUGAGGGAAUCCUUUAAGGAAGCUGAGGACAAAGUUGGCAACUUGAACCUGAAAUAUAUUAAUGAAAAUGAAGCUCGAAUAUCCCUUGAGAUGCAAGCAUUAGAAAAAGAAAAGGAAUUGAGAUUGACUAUUGCAGAGAGAGAAAAACUGGAGGAAGAGAUAAUCCUAUUAAAGGCAAUGAUUGAAGAAAAGGACAAUUUGGUGCAAGAAACAGCAGGGGCUUUGGCAAAAGAGAGGGAGAAACUGGAGUUAGUUUCUGAAGAGUUUGGUAAAUUAAGGUUUCAGACAACUCAGCAGCAGAUGUUAAUUUUGAAAUAUAAUGAAGAAUCAGAAAUUGUCAAAGGUGAUUUAGUCAAGGCUUUGGACACAAUUGAAAUGGAUAAGAGGGAGAUAUCCAAGUUGAGAGAGCAGCUUGAGAUGGUGACAAACAACUUAAUGGAAGUUGUUAAGGAGAAAAGUAUGCUUUUAUCUAUUUCUCAACAGCACCAGGAUAUUUUGUCAUCAGUGGAAGAAAGAGAAAGAGAAUAUAGGAAGCAAAUGAAUUCAAUUAUUGCUCUUAUCCAAGGAUUGUCGGAGGCAGUUAAUGAUUUUGAACACAAAGCAGCUGAAGAUAUUAAAAUGAAUAGCUUGAGGUUGGAAACUUUGAGCCCUCAGUUGAAUUCUCUCAUUCAGAAAGCUAACGUACUUAGAAAGACAGGGUUGCUGGACAAGCAGAGGCUUGAAAGGAGGAGUUCAGACCUUCAAAAGGCGGAAGCUGAGGUUGAUCUUUUAGGUGAUGAGGUGGAUGCUCUUCUAAGCUUUCUUGGAAAGAUAUACAUAGCACUGGAUCAUUAUUCUCCAAUCUUGCAACACUAUCCUGGAGUAAGAUGCUUCUCUUCUUCCAACUACACUAAUGAUGUAUGUGAAAAUUGUAAAUUAUUUUUUGUGCAUGAACUUGUCUAUUUCUAUGGUUGACUUCUAGAGGUGGCAACCAGUUAGGAAUUUUUGGGUACCCAACCUGCUUCAACCUAAUAAGACAAGUUCAAUAGUUUGUGUAAGGUCUGGGUUAUAUACAUUGGGUACCUCUCACCAAACAAUUUGUAAAGUUAUUAAUUAAAUGUAAGAGUUUAUAGUUUAUAUAAUAUCUUUACUUUUGAAAUUUUCUAUUUUACGAAAAGAUUUUAAAUAUUCGUAUUGGAUUGUUAAAUUUUAAAAUAUAAAUUAUUAAUUAAAAAUGUUUAUAUAAUAUAUAUAUAAAUAGAUUUGGAUAGUAUGAAGGUGAUAGUAAUUGGGCUUUGGGAUGGGUACAGGUGCUAACAGGUAAAAUCUAAUCAAGUUUGUGACAGAUUUAGAUAGUAAUAAUAUUAAAAAGGUUUGAGCACCUUGAAUUUUGCAGCUAUCCCCCCCUGUUGCUCGCCCAAAUUCAUUUCUUCCUUGAAGUUGUUAAACAUGGGUAUUAAGAGAAACCAUUUGAUAUUUGCCUUUCCCUAGCACAUAGUUUAUAUUUAUAUGCACCAGGACAAUUGCGAAGAAAAACUUUUCACUCUUCCCGCAUGUUAAAGGGAAGUCGAUGGGGAAUAAGGUUACUUCCAAUAAAAUUUCUGCAGAUGUCAACUGGGAAAACUUAAAAAUUAGGUUCUUCUUUGAGUAGCAAUUUACUAGAACUCGUUAUGGAUCAUUAAUGGUAUAGUGCCUUGUACAUGUUAAAGUUAUAUUAAUUUUCUUUUUCUUUUCUCCUAAGAAAAGAAAUUAAAAUAGCUAUACUCUUUAAGUCUUAUUUUAUU